AUGUGGCGACCAUUAUUUGUGUGUGCGGUGUUUGCGCUGCUCCAAUUGUCGACGUGCCGAUAUCAGCGCGUCGGCUUCUACAGUAUGGAUCCGUACGAGCUGUUGAUACAGGGCGGACCCGAUGCCGGCCCACAAUCCAGACAAUUCGACGACUCUUCCUCCGGAUAUCUCAUCCCGGCGAAGCGACACUGGCGAAUGGCGCCGUCCGUCUUCUACGAACCCCAAAUGUCACCGCCAUACUAUGAUAUGCUGUUUUCCGGU